AUGAAACCUCGUCAGGGUUAUGCGAUAACUCUACCCGAAUGGAGUACCACAUGCGAAAACAAGGAAGAAAGGAAAAAAGGAUUUCCGGUCGCAGAAUUGCCAGCAACAUUCCAAGAUGCAAUCAGAGUCACUCGAGAGAUCGGUCAGCGAUACCUUUGGAUUGACUCGCUUUGUAUUAUUCAAGACGACGACGAGGAUUGGAAAACUGAAUCCAAGAGUAUGCAAACAGUUUUCAAGAACGCUUACUGCACGAUUUCUGCUACCUCUGCCGAAGAUUCAACCAAAGGAUUUCUCAAUCGACCGACGAAUGAGUCAGAUUUGCAAUACGUGACAGUGUCCGAAUCUUCACAUGGUAGAGUCCAUAUCUGCAGAUCUAUCGAUAACUUUCUUGAUGAUGUGCAGAACGGUGUCUUGAAUACACGGGGAUGGGUAUUACAGGAACGAGCCUUGUCAAGACGAACAAUUCAUUUCACCAAAAGACAAACGUACUGGGAGUGUGGUGGUGGGGUGCGUUGCGAAACGCUUACUUGGAUGAAAAACCACAUGUUUUCUUUUCGAAGCGACCCAGAGUUUCCUCAAUCUAUCAGGGAACGUUCAGCAAACGCUCAAAUCGAGCUUUUUCAGACUCUUUUUAAGGAAUACUCAGGUUUAAACCUUACAAAUGAGACAGAUAGACCCAUUGCAAUCAAUUCAUUAGCUAUGGAGUUGGGCGCAGCACUCAAUACCAAUGUCAGAUAUGGCAUUUUUGAAUGCUAUCUUCACGAAAGUCUCUUAUGGCAACGGUCCCAGAAAAUUUCCGAUAAGCAAAUACCUUUCAAAACUGGCGAGGCCCCUCCAUCCUGGUCUUGGAUGUCAUAUCCCUGGCAAAUACGAUAUCUUUCUUCCGAAAGAGUUGAAUGGGAUAGGCAUGUCAAACUAGUGGUCAGCAAUCAGAAGAAUAAUUCUUAUAUCUUGGAGGCUCGAGUGAAACGACAUCAAGAUUUUAAGAUUGAACAUGACAACGACGACAAAGAUGGGUAUCUAUGGUCUGAUAAGGAUACGAAUGAAGAGCUUGGGCAUUUUUGUUUUGACAACAAAUUGGGAAAGUCUGCAACAGAAAUACAUUUGAUAUUACAAUGGGCUGCAACAUGA